AUUAAUCAUUCGAUGGAUAAAAACUGACUUGGAAAGCUGAAAUGGCGACCGUUUCCGUCUCCGAUUCCUUCUCCCGGAACUGUUCUUCCCUUCACUUACCAUCUUCUUCUUCUUCGUCAGGAUUUCAGAGAUUCUCGAGACAGAAAUCCCCCUCACUCCGAAUCAGAUGUUCCGGUACAGGUAUAGAUGAUACAUCUACACUCCAGGGAACCUUAUUCCCAUUCAAGAAUCUAAAGAAUGUCGCCUGCAGCUUGUUUGCUGUUUGGGCCGUGAAUGCUGCCUCACCUGCUAUCGCUGCCAAUCAGAGGCUGCCACCAUUGUCAACAGAACCAAACAGAUGUGAACGUGCAUUUGUAGGAAACACCAUUGGUCAAGCAAAUGGUGUCUAUGAUAAACCAAUUGAUCUCAGGUUUUGUGAUUACUCAAAUGAUAAAUCAAAUUUGAAAGGAAAGUCACUUGCAGCAGCCCUCAUGUCAGAUGCUAAGUUUGAUGGCGCAGAUAUGUCAGAGGUGGUGAUGUCAAAAGCUUAUGCUGUUGGAGCAAGUUUUAAAGGUGUGAACUUCUCCAAUGCAGUUUUGGACCGGGUUAAUUUUGAAAAAGCCAAUCUAAAAGGAGCUGUCUUUAGGAACACUGUAUUGUCAGGCUCCAUCUUUGGUGAAGCUCAACUGGAGGAUGUUGUGUUUGAGGAUACCAUUAUUGGUUAUAUCGAUCUUCAGAAGCUAUGUACUAAUGCAACCAUCACUGCUGAAGGAAGAAUGGUAUUAGGAUGUCGAUAGCCUGUCAUGUCAUCUCAUCCCCUUUUUCCCCAGAGAUCGUUGGACUUCUUUCAAUCAAGUUAGUAUUGCAGGAUUCAUGCUUGAUUUUGUCAAUAAAUAUACCCAAAUAACAGAUCAAGUAA